UAAACAGAAGUGCAGAGCGGAUACUCCACAUAAUCGUAACCCGACGUGGAAUAACCAAAAAAAAUAAAUAUGGAUCCUGAGUGUGUGAUUGCUUAACCUAGAUUUGCCUAGAUUUACCUCCUGCGAGUGUACCUCCCUGCCUUUCAUUUGAAUUUUCUUCUUUUAAGUCAAAGGUAAUACUAUGUUAUCCUUUAUCACGUCGCUUCUUCCGACUUCAUACUUCCUACCAGGAUGGCUGACUCUGGAUACAAAUCCACUGGAUAGCUUACUUCAAGGGCUGGUAGGUGCGUGUGGGAUCUCUGUGCUCUGCUCGUUGAUGAGAGUGCACAUAUUUUUAGAGGAGGAGAGCUGGAGCAAUGAAAAGGACAGAGACACAUCAAGCCAGAGGCAGCCCAGUCAUCAAAGGAGAACUAAAACUGGACUAACUGGGAUGCUCCAGUUUUUCUUGGUGACUGGGGUACUGGCUGUUGUGGGCUCCCGAGUGGCAUCCCUGGUGGUACUAGAAUUUUGUCUUCGGGCUGUUUCUGGAUGGGUUACAGCAGGACCAGAGUCCAGGAAAUUUCUGCAGCAGCUGUUAGUUCAAAGCCAGUUCUCUGUGGGCUGUGCCUUAAGCUGCAGUCUGUACUUUCUCCACGAGGGGGCGUCCCAGCGCUGGCUAUGCCUGCUCCUGGCAGCAGCACUCAGCUGGUUCCUGGCUAGGCAGGCCACACGCCUGCUGCACCAUGUCAUGGCUCUGUAUAAACUCCACAGCUCACAGCGCUACUGCGGCAUUUGCCUCAGCCUCCUCACAUCAGGCCGCUGCCUGCUUCCCACACUGUGCAGGACACUGAUCAUUACCUUCUCUGUGGCCGUGGUGGCAGCUGUAUCAAUCAUUAAUAAACACUUCCUCUCUGCAACAGAGGCCCUCAGGUUUUGGACACCACUGACUAUCUGUUACACACUGUUGGUGGUGUACAUGCAGGAGGAGCAGCACCGUCUGCCUGGCAGCCAGGCUGUCCUGAACGCUGUGGUGGUGCGUCUCGGGGGUUUGAUGGUCCUGAUGCUGACUGUUGGACGCUGGGCCGACGUGCUACACAUCUUAAUGUGCUUCCUGGGUGAGGCCAGCUGUCUAAUCCCCACUAAGGAUCUGCUGGAUGCUGCAUCCUCACAGGAUGAAGAAGAUUAUACAACCUACGCAAAAAGAACGCAUCGACGAAGAACAGGAGCACAAGAAAAGGAGCACCAGAGUUAGUCACUCCGUGAUUUUAAAAUGUAGUGUCUCUUCCUUUUAAUGGGGUCAUUUAGUGCCAGUCCUAUUAGGGCAACGCCAGCAAUUAAUGCU